UGAGUAUUGCUAGUUUGCACACGGCUCUUCAUGAUUUCUAACCGGCACUAAUUUUAGUCUCGUUGGUCGCGGUAUCAAUAUCAGUAAAAAAAACAGUGACUAAGCAUUUAGAUAGCAAAUUUGGUGUACAAAAUUUGAGAUUCUUAGUUCAUUGCUGGAGGAUUCUUCGGACUAGCAGAAUAAUGAACGACACGACCGGAAAGAACAUUUCGUGUAAGGCAGCUGUUUGCUGGGAACCCAAAAAACCGUUGUCGAUUGAGAAUAUUGAAGUGGCCCCGCCAAAGCAAGGAGAAGUUCGAAUAAAAAUAGUUGCUUCUGGAGUUUGUCAUACGGACGCAUAUACAUUGGAUGGUCACGAUUCUGAAGGGGUUUUCCCUGUUAUUCUUGGGCACGAAGGAGCUGGAAUCGUUGAAAGUGUUGGAGAUGGUGUAACUCAUUUUAAACCAGGCGAUCAUGUAAUUCCGUUAUACAUUCCGCAAUGUUUUGAAUGCAAGUUUUGCAAAAGUCCAAAAACUAAUCUGUGCCCGAAAAUUCGUGCUACACAAGGGAAGGGAUUACUUCCAGAUGGUACUACACGUUUCACUUGCAAUGGUAAACAAGUUUUCCAUUUUAUGGGGACUUCAACUUUUGCCGAAUAUACAGUUGUAGCAGCGAUUUCAUUAUGCAAAAUUAACGAAAUAGCACCACUCAAUAAAGUUUGCUUACUGGGAUGCGGGAUUCCCACGGGAUAUGGAGCCGCUUUAAAUACAGCAAAAGUAGAGAAAGGAAGCAGUUGUGCGAUUUGGGGUCUCGGAACCGUUGGAUUGGCCGUGGCGAUGGGCUGCAAAGCUGCGGGAGCAGCUCGAAUUAUUGGAGUUGAUAUCAAUCCUGAGAAGUUUAAAUUGGGAGAAAAGUUUGGGUGUAAUGAGUUUGUUAAUCCUAAGGAUUAUGAUAGAUCGAUUCAAGAGGUUCUCAUUGAGAUGACAGAUGGUGGGCUGGACUAUACGUUCGAGUGUGUGGGCAAUGUAGAAACGAUGCGUGCUGCUCUCGAAUCAUGCUGCCGAGGAUGGGGAGUGUCGACUAUAAUCGGUGUUGCUGAAUCAGGUCGUGAAAUUUCUACGCGGCCCUUUCAGCUAGUCACUGGUAGAACAUGGAAGGGAACUGCUUUUGGGGGAUGGAAAAGCGUGGAAAGCGUACCUAAAUUAGUGAACUGUUAUUUGAACAAGGAGCUUAUGGUAGAUGAAUUUAUUACCCAUUCAAUGGCGGUUGAAAAAAUUAACAAUGCGUUUACUUUGAUGCAUGAAGGGAAAAGCAUUAGAUCUAUAAUUGAGUUCUAAAAAAGCAAAAUAAAUUUGGUUUUUCUGCUGAUUGAAA